UCAUUGUCAGAGAGAGAGAGAGAGAGGGGGGGGGAGAGAGAGAGCGAGGUGUGCCCAGGCAGACUGACUGAAGAGCGCGUGUGUGGAACUAGGAUGAGUAAAUGCACCGGGCGGCUUAGCUGUUGAUACAGCCAGAGAGAGAGAGAGAGAGAGAGAGAGGGAGUGUGUGCACGAAAGUGGGAGAGAGCACACGCAAGCGAGAGAGAGCGAGAGAGGGCGAGAGAGAAGAAGUGAAAGGGAGGAAAAAAGGGGAAGAAAGAAGCAGAGAAGAGAAAAGGGAGGAUACAACAACUGCAACCAUGCUGUGCUGCAUAAGAAGAACCAAACCGGUGGAGAAGAAUGAGGAUGCGGACCAGAAGAUUGAACAGGAUGGGACCCCCAACAAACCCGAGGACAAGGCCCACAAGGCUGCCACGAAAAUACAGGCCAGCUUCCGUGGACACAUAACUCGGAAAAAGAUGAAAGACGGAGAUGAAGAGAAGGAGGGAGAUAGCCCUGCUGCUGCCGAGGAGGCGACAGACGGAGGGGAGGAGGCUAAGAAAGCGGAGGGAGAGGAGGCACCCGCAAAGGGGGAGGAAGCUGCGGGAGAGAAGGCCAAGAAGAAGGAGGAGGAGACGAGCCAAGCCAAAAGCCCCGUGGCAGACAAGCCGGCCAACUCUCCGGCAGCUGCCGCGGCCUCUCCCGUAGGCGCCGCCCCGGCCGCGGCUCCCGCUGCGGCCUCCCCCGUGGUCGCCGCGGCGCCCGCCGAGCCCCCGAAAGAGGAGCCAAAGGCGGAGGAGAAAGUCGAGGAGAAGCCCAAAGAGGUGGAGGCCCCGGCGGCGGCGGCGGCGGCAGCGGCAGCUAAGAGUCCCACCGCAGCCACAGCUGAGGAGAAGAAGAAGAAGGAGGAGGAGGAGAGCGAAGAGAAGAAGGAGCCCCGACAAGCCGACGUGCCUGCCGCUGUCAGCCCGACAGCCGAGAAGGAGGAGCCUAACCAAACAAAAGAUAAACAAGAUGCCGCGGAGGAGUCUAAAGCGGAGGAGGCCGCUCCGGCAGAUGCGGCGGCCGAGGGCACCGAGUCCAAGGACGACUAAUGAGGCAUCGGUCCGACCUUAAGAAGAAGCAGAAUUAAGAGUAUGACGAAUAUCACAAAAAUCUAAAAAAGGUUGCUCUCGGGCCUUCGCCACAGGAAGGCCGCCCGUUUCUGUUUGUUUGUCAUUUUUUGUGUGGCAAUGAUUUACUCGUGUUGGGGGAGUUUCCAGCGUUACGUUUUGUGGCUCAAGCUAAUACUGCGAGGAAGUGAUGAUGAUGAUGAUGAUGGUGGUGGUUAUGAAAAAUAGGAACAUUUUUCUCUCCACGAUGAAGAUGUUGAUGGUUGUUGAUUAAUAAAAAUGAUUGUUACCCUGAUUAUGAUGAUGAUGAGGAGGAGGAGGAGGAUUGGAUUUGAUCUCCACUCUCUAAUGUAAGUGGAUCAGUGGUGGAAUGAAGGCUCCCAACUGGAUAUUUUACACAUUUAAAAUGCAUUGUGAAUGCGCCACACUUAUAUAUGCAUUUCAAUGCACUUUAUCUAAACACACUUUGCAAAUGAAAUCUGUGCACACACACACACACACACAAACAACAGGCCGUUUUUUGAAGAUGCAACUCCAGGCGACACGGCGGCUGGAGGAAAGAAUGUACGAUUAAAACGUGUGACACUUCCAGUUGGGCAGCUUCAUCCUGCACACACAACCCCCCCAUAGGACAGGACUAUGAUCCCCCCCCUCCUCUAUUAUGCUCGAGUCCCUCCAGCUCGGGUUUACGCCCCUUUGACAAACAUUUACUGUAAAGGACCUUUUUGCCAUUUAAAUGACAUACGCAUAUAAUAAACUACAGGUGUCAGCUAUAGUUUUGGGUGUAACUGGCUCCAACAUCACUUUUUGUGUUCUGACAACCAAACGCUGGAAGAGUAGCAUGAACCAUCGAACCAGAUGCAUGAUGGGAACUCUCCCUCUGAGAGGAACUCUUUCGCAGUCACAAAAACUUAAGAGGUGUGGCGGCUUCUUUUUUGAUGUCUUUGGUGUUGUUAUGACAGUUUAUAUGAAUUGGAAAAAUACGGAUUAUUAAACAAAAAAAAUGCACUGAUGUUACGCAAAAAAAAAAGGAGAAAAAAAAGGAAAAAGAAAAAUCAAACAAACGCGAAAAGAAAAAGUUACUUUUCACAUGUUCCAGUGAGUGCAAUGUCCAGUUUCAACCUUAUCCAGGAGUUCAAACUUGUGAGAAAAAAGUAUGAAAAAAUAAAGAUGGUUUCAAUGUCUGUUUUCAAAAUAAAGCAAAUGUGCCAAUUACCACCAUAAA